AUGGGCGGACCAGCGCAUCACGAACCCUUCCAGGCCCUCGGCCCCAUCUCCUGGCCUACCGACCUCGCCGGCAGACCCGACUCGGACCUACAAGCCCUCAUGACCUCCACGUUCACCAAUGCCCAAACCCUCGUCGACUCGAUCCCGAUACCACCCAGCGUCGCUGCCGCCACGGCGAAAGCCGCCGGUGCCGCUCAAGGCCGCCCCCGCUCAGCAACCAGCUCGGCCAUAACUGGUCGCCACCAGCCUGACAAUUCCGGCUUCCUCCCAAUAAAGCUCUCAGCGGAAGCAGCCGAAACAGCCACCAAGCUCCGCAAAGAAUGGAAAGAGUGCAAAGUUUCCAAUACCAAAGAGAACCCGCUCGGCAUCAACGUGUACAAGCUCUCUGCGAAAGACGGAAAGGGCGCCUGGUUCGCGCGGAGGAGCGUCCAUAAAGAUGUGGCCUUUGACAAGUGGCGGGCAGGGCUGGAGAGGGAGUUCGCUGAAAGUAUAAAGCGGUAUCAGGAGAAUGGGACGGAGCCGGGCACGGGAAAUAUUAGAGGUAUUGGUGGAGAGAAGAGGCUUGAGCGUGUGAGUGUGUUCCUGGUGAGCGCGAGGUUUCCUGGGCCGACUACGCCUAGGGACUUUGUCACCUGUCUGAUGAUGCCUGGGCCUGGGGCUACUGGAAAUGCGUUGGAAAAGGGACCGCGACAGCCGAGACAGUUCAUGUUGGUGUCGAGACCAUGUGAACACCCCGAUGCCCCUGCUAGGUCGGAUUUCAUCAGGGGACAGUACGAAUCCGUCGAGGUUAUCAGGGAGAUUCCGCUGGAUAGGCCGUUGAGAAGGACGAAAUCUUCUUCGGAACUCAGUAGGGAGGAGUUUCACGAGAUGAAGGAUGCGCUGGAUCAGGCAGACGUGGAUGACCUCAAAAAGGAGGCUGUGCUGCGGUCUGCUAAGAAAGCGGCAAUGGCAGUGGCAGAUGGAGCUGAUGAUGGUGGCAGAUCCUCUUUAAAGGGAGACGAUGAUGACCAACACUUUGCUGUCGAGUGGCUCAUGGUGACACGCAGUGACCCCGGAGGCAGUGUGCCUAGGUUUAUGGUCGAAAGAGGAACUCCUGGCGGAAUAACUAACGACGCUGCCCGUUUACUAGAUUGGCUGUCAACCAAAAGUAUCGAAGAGCUUACCGAAAGUGAUGGCGAAGAGGUGCUGGAGCAAACAGCACAGGCUGUCCCGCAACCUGCUGCAGCUACGACGGCACCAGACGACAUUCAGCGCAAGGACGUUACCGUACAACAGAAAAGAGCUGCUGGUGUCGAUAAGGCCGACCAUGCCCAAUCUCCGUUACGAGAGACAGAGGCUGUCGAGGAAGAAGCCCCUGCUUCGCAGUCGAGUGGUCUCUACGGUAUGUUGACCGGUGCUCUCGGCGCAGCAGGCAAUGCCGUAGCCAACAAAGUGGCCAACUUCGCCGGCACUACCAACAACAACACCGACGAUGACACCGCUUCACUCGCCUCCUCCAUCUCUUCCUCUGACAUCGAAAGCGAUGUGUCCUCCAUCCGCAGCUUCGUCUCCGCCACGGAAGGAGAAGGCCACCCCAUCAACGCAUCCGGUCAGUCCCUCACCGUUAACGGCAAUGGCGACCUCUCCAACGAUCCCACUAGCGCGACGUCCAUCCGCUCCGAACUCUCCGCCACCGAAUCCGCCUCUUCUCUUCAGCCCACCGUUACCGGCGACAACGGCAGCAUUCAUCUCCCCGACCACUACUCCGCGCGGCGCGAAAAGCACGAAAGAGAAGUCCGCAAGCUCGAGGAGCGCCACCGCAAGGCCGAAGAGAAACUGCACCGUCUCCAAGCCAAACAAGCCGCCAAGCGGCGCGAACAGGAAGAGAAGGGACUCGCCGCCGCCGCGGCUGCCGCUGCCCUCGAUGAUGACACCGCCUCCAAGCACAACAAAAGCAGCAAGGCGGUGCACGAGGACGCCCGACUUGCCAAACUACGCGAGAAGCACGAGCGCGAGCUCGCGAAGCAGGAAGAGAAGUACCAGCGCGAGCUGACGCGGUUGGAGCAGCACCGGCUGCGGGAGGAGCGGAAAGCGAAGGAGAAGCUGAGGAAGGCGGCUGAAAAGGAGGAAAAAGCUAAUGUGCUGAGGGAGAUGGAGAAGGUUAAAGCGGAGAGGGAUCUGGCGUUGAGGCAGAUGGAGAUGUUGAGGGAGCAGGUGGGCGAGUUGCAGAGGCAGAAUACCAUGUUGGUGGCGAGGCUGGGGAAGUAUGAGGGGCCUGGGGCCACGGUUGGAAGUGAAGCAGCGGUUGGGGAAGUGGAGGUUGUUAAGAACGGCGGCGCUGUUGGGGCGUAGGAUGGAACACCUCGCUGGUCGAGGAGAGGAAGUAAUUCGGGAAGAGGUGGAAAGACAGGAAUGAUCAGGAUGGGGAUGACGAAGAGGAGGAUGACGGGUUGACGAGUUGACGAGUUGACGUUUGGUUUUAUGAAUAGAAUAGGAGAACACGAGGAGAGGAUACAUUUUUCUUGGUAGUCGUGAUGAUCAUUACCGGUUGCAAUUCUUGCCUCCUGAGUAUCAGUUUCUUUUCGCAAGACGUUCCUAUUUAGUGGAUGCGUUCGGGAGAUGUGGUUGCCAGGCGAUGCUGUCAGCGUUGGGUCAUGCAGAAAAUACACCAGAUCAUGAGCU